GCGCGGUCGAUGUUCCCGGUUCCGCUGUUUCACCUGUGCAGCCUGUGGGUGGCGCAACAGCCGAGCAGCGCGGUUUCUGCGCACCUUCCUCCUUUAUUGUAGCCACUUCUUUGUUUGAAUCUCUUCGCCUUCUUCUUCGCUCGUCUCUUGUGACAAGCCUGUGACUUUGUCAUUUCCUCUUUUCUGCUCAAGCUACAACGCGCUUGUGCGCACGACCCAGGCUAGCUAGCGCUCCUCGUCCCGGCGCGCGCUCAGUUUCUGUUGUUGUCUCGAGUGUUGUCUGGAAUUUCACGGUGUUUUUUCGUGUGUCUCGAGGGAGUUUCGGUGUUUCGCUCCGCGCUGCUUCCACGGCCGAUCGUGUCUUUUUGCCGUGAAAAUUUCUGUCUUCUUCUCGACUCAUGGCCCUCGUAGCUCGGAUCGCACCCGCCUCGGCGCUCGUGCAGGAUAGGCGCCGCCGGGCGUUGACUGCGGGUCAAGGCGAAGAGUGCCACUUUGAGUAUGCGUCUUCCGCGGGUGUCGCGUCUUUCCCUCAACAAAGUAUCGCACCUUCGCGCUUUUACUCUCUACAGUCCACCCCGAGAACUCGCGAAAUUGUCACAGAACACGCGGCUGACAUGGCACUGCGUGCGGCGCAGGCCGCCUCGCUGGCUGCCGACGAAUGCGUCCAGGAAACGGCGUUCUCCAGGGAGGAGUCUUCGGUGGAAAGACGCAGCGCCUCUUCCGGCUUGCUUUGCAGGAGGUUUCUUCCCGUGGAGGACGCCAGGUCGGCGAGUGUGUCUUGCGCGACAGCUAGGAGCUCGCUGGACUCCUUCAGAGUGACCAGCAGUUCGAUGGGCGACGGCGCGGAAGCGAGAAUCCACUUUCCGAGCAACGAAAUGAGUUCCGAAACGUUCAGGCCGUCCCUUGGGACUCGCAACAGCGAGGCGUCUACGGCUUCUGCCGGCCCCUACGUGCGCCGGAAGUCGUUUCUUACUCGCACGACGUCGGCGGCGCCUGCGGUCGGGUCGACGGGAGGCUGUUUCGAGACACAGAAGGAAGGACAUCAGAACGGACUGCUUCGCGCCUCCGACCCCGUAGCGACGGCGCAGGCAGGACGAGCGUCCGUCGGGUACUUCUCCCUGAACUGCCAGUCCAGGGUCACCGCCGACAGCGUUGCCUCUCGCCUCAGCAGCUGCGGAAGCGCCAGCAGUGUAGACAGCGUUUCUCUCGGCGCUCUCGCGGGGACCUGCGCGGCCUCCGAGUCUGUCGGCAACUCAGAAGCAAGCGAGGGGAACGCAGAUGCAGUCGCAGGAACUUCGUCGCGGCUCGUGGCGCUGACACAGGAAACACAUGCCGGGCCAAGAAGAGCGGGUCGAACUCUGAGCUUGGACUGCGCCAAUGAAGAAAUUUCGCUGUGCACUCUCGGCGUCGUGCGCCAAGUUACGGGUGAAACAAGCCGGCUGACAAGUCGCAUGAGCGUCUUCAUGGAAGACGCUGCAGCAGUUGCGAUUUCUCUCGCGGACGACGCAGCAUUCGCCGCAGAUCUAAGCGGAAACUCCGCGGAAUCAAACACAACAAAGGACCCCACGGACCCCCCCGCAAAAGCUGCGCGACUUCUCCCCAGACACGCUUCGAUGCCUGCUCUCAUGCCUGCCGACGAACAUCAACUAAAAGUUUCCAAGGAGAGCAUGCCUCCGACGCUGACGCCCCAGGAUCUGCUCAAGCUGCAGAGGGCGGCCAAAAAGAACUUCAACUCUCGGACGUUCCUGUCAGGCGCGACGCUCAAGAGCUUGCUGAAGGCGCCAGAAGAGAAGCAGUCGACUACUCCAGCGCAGAGUCCCGUCGCGAAGUCGCAGAACUCGUUUGCGAGUCGCGCCGCGCAGGCAGCGCGAGAUGCAGCUGCUGCCGCCCCCAGCGGGAACUUUUCGCGAGUUUUGUCUCUGCCCGAAGAGACCGAUUCAGGCGUGUCUUUCUUCGUGAUGGAGAAGUCGGAGGAGGGAGACGACGGGAAGCAGAAAGGCAGACGACGCAGGCGGCUGGUCAUUCUCGAAGACGAGGACGAGAUAGACAUCCUCACCGCCUCAGCGUACUAUGCGCGCCGCGGGUUCGCAACGCCCUGUAGAGAUGUCGGAGACAGAUUCAGAGUGUUCUUGCAGAGAAUGGCGAAGCUGUGCUGGUGAGGAACAGGAACUGCUCGGACACCGUGUCGCGAGGAGUGAGUCCUUCGAACUUACGAGAGAUCAACGUCUUUCGACGGCCCGUGAAGUCUCGAGGGUCCAAACCAGUAGGCGGUGUCCUGGCUGGAUGCGCCGGGAUUCUUCUCAGCGUACCCUGGACAGCGGUUUCACCGCGCAGGCCGCUCGAGUUCUGAGAAAGCCGUGUGUUGGAGAAAAACGAGUUGCGUCAGUCCUCUGAGAAGCGGUCUGUCAACCCAAGACUCGAAGGCGGAGUAGGAGGUACUGCGGCGUCUCACCGGUCUUCCACUUUCUUUUGCGAAACGAGAGACCAUGGAGCAGGAGUCUCGACCCAGCGUCAAGUCAGACGCACAGAGAGGGAAGAGACUCUUCUGAGAGAGGCCCUGCGCGCGCAGUCUUUUGGGUUUUCGAAAAUCUCAGACAGGCCGCAUUUUCAGGAAGGUGUUUGUUCUCCUCGAAGGUCACAGCUAGAGGAGCUGGACAAAAUGCUGCUGUCCUCCCUCAGAAGGUCGAGAAGGAACAGCUUCAGCUGUUGGCAUAGGGUCGGUCAGUCGAUACUUUCUUUUUUCGCGUGGAAAAAACGCGAAACAAAAGGUCCGACUCACGCGCGGAUGUGCGUCUCAGGGUCUGGUGUCGCUCGAGAAGUGAAAAUUUAUUUUGAAUGAACUGGUUCUGCGAAGACUGUGGGCCUGUGUUCCACUGGCGGCGGCGCCGUCUGCUGGCGUCGAGCACGCUAUUCAGUCGUGUACAUACAUCGAUAUACACACACACAGAUUUAUAUACCUAAAUAUAAAUAUAUAAAAAUAUAUAUAAAUGUACAUAUGCCUGUCUAUAUUCUUGAGCUCCACCUUGGUUUGUCGUCUGUCUCUCUUUGUACAGCGGAGUCCUGAUUCCGUCCCAGAGAACGGUACAUGGGCGGGAUUCAGUGUCCUCGAGGGAUACAUCCAGGCUCUCCGUGACAAAGCUUUUGGGAGAGAAUGCGACAGAAAACGCAGUGUACCUGGGGGUCUGUCUGAUGUGCGUCAUGUUCUGUCACCAUUCCUGUGACUCCGAGGAACUGAAAUUCCUCUGGGAGACGAACUGUGAACGUUCCGCUCUUGCACUUCUCUUGAGGCUGUCAGGGCAAAAACAAAGAGCCCAGGGACCAGCGGAAAGACGCGGCUGCUGCUGCCGCUGAGACUCGACCUGUUGACAGACCAUUUGCUUCCAGAUGUUUCUUUUGGCGGUCGCAGUUGCUGUGCGACAGAAACGUAUGCCUCUAGGAACCGGGUGACUGAGAUAUCCAGCUGACAACUUGGCC